AGUGGUUGGAGCACAGUUGCACCGGCUCGACUGCAGCAUGAAGUCGAUAGCAUUUCUAGUGCUAGGGCUUGCCGCCCUGGCAGCAGCUCGACCUGAGGUGGAUGAUCAUCGCUUUGUUGAUAUGGAUAUCAAACAAAGGCAGAUGUUCAUUUUGAAAUUGUUGAACCACAUCACUGAGCCGGUCAUGUACAAAGACAUUCAAGAAAUUGGCAUGAACUUCAAAAUCGAGGAAAACGUCGACUUAUAUACCAGAACCGACGUCGUCAAAACCUUUGUCAAUUUUGUGAAAAUCGGAUUGCUGCCCCGUGGUGAAAUAUUCACCAUUCACGUUGACCGACAACUAAAGGAAGUCGUGUCUAUGUUCCACUUACUCUACUACGCCAAGGACUUCACCACAUUCAUCAAGACAGCUUGCUGGAUGCGUCUCUAUCUGAACGAGGGUAUGUUCGUGUACGCUCUCACUGUGGCCGUCAGACAUCGCGAAGACUGCAAGGGAAUUAUUCUGCCGCCUCCUUAUGAGAUUUACCCGUACUACUUUGUACGUGCCGACGUUAUUCAAAAGGCUUACUUAUUGAAGAUGAAGAAAGGAUUAAUCGACGCAAAGCUCUGCGACUUCUAUGGCAUCAAGAAGACCGACAAAGACAUUUACAUAAUUGACGAAAAUAUUUUCGACAAACGUGUUUACCUGAACGACAAUGACGUAUUGAGAUACUUCACGGAGGAUAUUGAUCUUAACACUUACUACUACUACUUCCAUGUAGACUAUCCCUUCUGGAUGAGAGAUGAGCUCUUCGACAAACUGAAAGUAAGAAGGUGGGAAUUGAACUUCUAUGUGUGUCAGCAAAUUCUUGCCAGGUACUACUUGGAGCGUCUGUCCAAUGGUUUGGGAGAAAUAACGACUUUGACAUGGAACAAGCCCGUCAGGAAAGGAUAUUGGCCAUGGAUGUUGCUUCACAAUGGCGUUCAAUUCCCACUGAGACCGAACAAUUACGUUUUGGUUGGAGACAAAGACAUUAACGUAGUUCGCCUUGUGGAGAAUUACGAAAUGAUUAUUAAAGAAGCUAUUCUCAAGGGCUAUAUUGACAUCAAUGGAAUUCGUUUAGAUCUGUUCAAAGCAGACGAUAUUGAAACGCUUGGCAAGCUUGUUUUUGGCAAAAUUGACAAGACUCAGGUCGAUAAAUUCCACAUCGAUGCCUACCGCUACCUGCUUAUCAUCAUGAAGUCCGUAAUGGGACUUAACACGUUCAACUCGGACAAGUACUUCGUCACACCCAGUGUCCUCGAUAUCUACCAGACUGCCCUUCGUGACCCUAUCUUCUAUCAACUGCAGAAACGUCUUUGUGAUUUGAUGAUCCUCUUCAAGAAACGUCUUCCAUGCUACACAAGAGAUGAGCUGUACUUCCCUGGUGUGAAGGUUGACAAUGUUGUCGUUGACAAGCUGGUCACUUACUUCGACGACUAUUUGAUGGACAUGACAAACGCCGUAACAUACACUGACGAUGAAUGGAAGAAAACUACGUCAGAUAUGGUAUUCUUUGUCCGUAAACGUCGCCUUAAUCAUCAACCUUUCAAAGUUACUCUGGAUAUCAUGUCUGAUAAAUCUGUUGACUGUGUGGUGCGUAUGUUCCUGGGACCCAAAGAAGAUCAGUGGGGCCGUUUGAUCGAUCUCAACCAAAACCGCAUCAACUUUGUUGAGUUGGACUCCUUCCUAUACAAAUUGACCACCGGCAAAAACACCAUCAUUAGAAACUCAAUCGAUAUGCACAACUUAGUGCGCGAUCGUGUUAUGACUCGCGAUCUCUGGAAGAAGAUAGACACAAUGACCGACAUGAGGGAUCUGCUAAUGAAGGACUUGAGAAACUACCACACAGGAUUCCCGACAAGACUUCUGUUGCCUAAAGGUCGCGUCGGUGGUAUGAACUUCUUACUAUACGUCAUUGUAACUCCCUUAAAAUUAGUCGACAACGUUGACCUGACUAUCUUGGACAACAACCGCAAAGACUUACUAGUGGACUUCAGAUCAACUGUUCUUCUGGACAAGAUGCCAUUAGGUUUUCCGUUUGAUCGUACUAUUGACUACACUAAGUUCUUUACACCGAACAUGAAGUUCGUCGAUGUUGUGAUCUUCCACAAGAAGCAGGUCUGUGACAUGAAGACCAGGUGGGACCGCUGGGUGCUGAAGAACUACAACAUGGUUGACCACACCAUCGUUGGUAACGACAACUACAUGGUAGAUGUGGACAUUAAUACUAAAGUCGACAGAGAUGUUAAUCUUUUUGACUUGUAAUCAACGACUAAAGCGACUAAACUAAAAAUGACGGUUAUUUAAAGCAUUAUAAAAUUAAAUAAAAA